AGCUUCACCUAUGUGAAAAGUAAGAGACUUUGGAGCAAACAAGAGACCCUAUUUGCACAUGCGGGCACCUGCAGAAGAGCCAGUCUGCCUCUGCUCUGGUGGGAACUGCGGGGUAUCAGAGCCUCUGGAUGCUUGAGAGUGCUCUGUGUUGAGCUGUUAGGAGUUCAGUGGGUUGAACUGCAAUCCUUCAAGUUCAUCUGUUGACUUCAACACAAAACUAUUAUAAACUGUGCCUCUAAAACACGUGAUGAAACAUUUCUUGAGAGCUAUUUAUUCCAACUGCAGCAGAGGAAAGUUUUCAGAACACCCAGCAUUUGCUAGAGGAAAGGUCUCUUGAGCUUCGCGAAAGGAGGAAUUAUUUGCAUACCAACGCUUCAGCUGUGCUAAAACUCUUCCCAUGCUGAAAAUGGACCAUGCAAAUAUGACCCAAGCCAUGCUUGAUGCUGAAUCCCGCAACACAGAGAAGAACAACGGCAACGAAUAUUUUUACAUUCUGAUCGUCAUGUCUUUCUAUGGGAUCUUCCUGAUAGGGAUCAUGUUGGGCUACAUGAAAUCUAAAAGAAAAGAGAAGAAGUCAAAUUUGCUUCUACUCUACAAAGAUGAGGAGAGAGAAUGGGGGGAAGCCGUGAAGCCACUACCAACAAUAUCGGGGCUGAAAUCUGUCCAGAUCCCCAUGAUGCUGAACAUGCUGCAGGAGAGCAUGGUGCCGUCCCUGUCCUGCACCAUCUGCUCAAUGGAAGGCAGCAGUGUGAGCUCUGAAUCCUCCUCCCCAGACAUACACUUCACCAUCCAGGAGGAAGUGCUGGAUGCUGAACUGGGGGAAGUGUCAGAAACACUCCUUCAUGAGAGCAGUGAGGGAUCUGCGGAAAACAUCCACAAGAACUCCUAGCACUUGAAGGACUCCCUUCAUCAGCUGCUCAAGCAUGAGCGGAGCUCCCACUAAGAACUUGUGGUUCUACUUUCCUGAUCUCCAAUGAACUCUCAGCAGGUAUCUGUUUCCCUGGGCCCAAGGCGUUCCUGAGAGCUGGCAGGACAAGGGAGCGGUGGUACUCAACACCAAAGUGUAACUUGCACGUAAUUGGGAUGCUUAAUUUUAUUUUUUCCAUUUUUAUUUCUUACCACAAGAGCUAAGAAUGAGGAGAAUAUAUGUAUAAUUUCUAACAAGGUAACCGUUACUGGCAUGUCUCUGCAUAUUUCAGAAUUCUGCAAAUAUCUGGGAAAUGUUUAGGGAAGCCCCAGUAUAAGUGCCUGAUUGUUAAAGAUGAUGUGUAAUGCUCAUCCCCACAAAACUGUGGUAGAGUAGGGGUACUUUUACUGUGUUUUUCUGAUAUUAAACCACAGCCAACAGCAGAUUUGCUCAGCAAGGUGCCAGAAACUGAAAACUGGUCGAUGCUGUAGUUGAAGGGAGAUUGCAGUGUGGCUGGAGACUGACUUUUAGGCACAGAAAGAAUAAAAGAAAAAGAAAAAAAAAAAAAGAAAAAUGAGAAGAGGCACUGAAUUUCUAGGAGGAUUGAAAAGCCUAGUUUCGUGUCUAUGCCAUUAUGUCUACCUUUGCUUAAGUUGCACCUGUACUGGCUGGGUCAGGUUCACUAACUUCUGCUGCAAUCCAGCCUUUGACUGAGUUACCAGUAGGAAUAGUAGUCUUGUAUUUUCGCUUCUGUAUUUUCUAAAGACAUGUACGUUUGAUCAAAAAAGGCAAAGAUCUGUAAGUAAAAAAAAAAAGACAUUAAAAGAUCUUUGUUAGAAAGUGUAAGAUGUAGAAAGGCUUGAACAAAUGCUGCUCUGUUAUGGCCCCUUGAAAAAUAUGUGGAAUUCAGAAUAGAAUUUAAUGUAGCAAGGGUGAAAUCCUGGUUCCACUGAAGUCAACUGAGUCCUUCUGACUUCAGGGAAUGCACAAGAUUUUGUGCCUCUCUGUUGGAGGUAAAUUCUCCGUUUGAGGUCAGUAAAAUGGUACCCAUUUACAUCAUUAAAAAAUCAGGCCUUUCUGCUCUAUUUCAGCCAGUGUAGAUAAAUGUUGCAUUACAUUGUUUUCUUUUUUGUUUAUCACCUCAUAGUUAAUUAGUAACUACCCACAAACUCCCCUCUCUGCCCCCAUUAAAAUGUACUGUGAUAUUUUU